AUGGCCGGCGCGUCGCCGCCGUUGAACCGGUCGGAGAAGCAGCGGGACCGGGACGUGCGGGCGCUGAUCAGCCGCGUCAGCGGCCUGCGGGACGAGAGCGACGCCAACUUCCAGCUGGCCUUGCGUUUCGCCUGGUCCAACCUGAGAUUUCAUCACUUCCUCGACGUCAGCAGCCACAAAGUUGAGAGGACGAUAGAGGGGAUCUACGAGAAGCUCGUCAUCCAUUCCGAUCUCAGCAAGGCGGCCAGCUGGAAAAGGUUCACGGAGGCGUUUCUGUCGGCUCCGCUCCCGAGCACGAAGGAGACCAAGACAGAUACCCACUAUGUGAUACUGUCCCUCCUCCUGGGUUUGUCCGAUUCUCCUUCCAACAACAGCUACGCGGAGAGACCCAGGGAAGAGGAAGCCGAAAAGGAAGAGGAAUUUGACUGGGAAAAGUAUCUGCUGGACGGGGAGGAGAUCGGGCCGGGUCCCGAGGAGGACACCCCCGAUUGGUCGGACGCGAGCGAGGAAGAGGAUGAGCAGCAGCCCCUAAGCCGAGAGGAUUCCGGGAUCCAGGUGGACCGAACCCCCUUGGAAGAGCCGGGACACGGAAAGCGGCCGGGCUCCCACGCCACCUGGAAAGUGGGCGACCCGGACAGUCGCAGCUGGCUCGAGCUCCACGUCACCCCUCCUUACUGGACCACCAGACCGACCCGUCUAUCUAAUAGCCAGCACUUGCACUCCAACCUGGCCGCCGUCUGGGCCCGCCACCUGCACAGCCGCGACCCGUUCCGCGUCCCGGAGGACAGGACCUACGUCACGGAGAUCCAGGCCGUCCGCGAAACCCUCUGGUUGCUCUCGGGCGUCAAAAAGCUCUUCAUAUUUCAGUGCAACGACGGGAAAGUGACUGUAAGAGACGACAUCGUCGUCUCCCACCUGACGCAGGACUGCCUGCGCUCGGUCCUGGAGCAGAUCGCCGCGUACGGCCAAGUGGUCCACGGGCUCCAGCAGUUCAUGGACGAGAUCAUGGGCCGCGGCGAGGGCGGCGUCUCCCCCAGCCCCCUCCUGCCCCCCAAGAAGACGCCCCCCGAGCCCCCGUUCCGCACUUACCAGGCCUUCAUGUGGGCGCUGUUCAAGUACUUCACUUCCUUCCGGCGGGAGCUCACGGAAAUGGAGCACAGCGUCCUGGAUAAAGAGGGGCCGGUCACCCUGGCCACGGUGGUGGGCGGGCUGGGCCCCCGCCUGGCCCAGCUGAAGGUGCUGCACAAGGUGUUUCGCACGGGGGUGGCGGAGGUGCCCCCCGCCACCCGCAACGUGGUCCGGGCCUCCCACCUGCUCAACACGCUCUACAAAGCCAUCCUGGAGUACGACGCCCUCGGGGAGGCCUCCGAGCGCACGGUGUCCCUCCUCUUCUCCCUCUGGGUGGAGACGGUCAGGCCGUACCUGCAGACGGUGGACGAGUGGAUCGUGCACGGAAAUCUCUUCGAUCCCGCCAAGGAAUUCAUCAUCCAGAGGAACAAGAACGUCCCCGUGAGGCACCGCGACUUCUGGUACGCCACGUACACGCUGUACAGCGUGUCGGAGAGGUCGGAGAAGGAGGAGAAGCCGGGCGGCGGGGGCGGGCCGGACAUGGAGUGGACGCCCCCGCCGCCGGCCAUCCCGCAGCACACCAUGGUGUCCUUCCUCAAGCCCGUCCUCAAGCAGAUCAUCAUGGCCGGCAAAUCCAUGCAGCUCCUGAAGAACCUGCGGGGCCCCCACGCCUCGCCGCGCCGGGCCGCCGCCAGAGACGCGGAGAGGAAGAGCCUGUACGCCCUGUUCGUGGAAUCGGUGCAGAGCCGCCUGCGCCAUGGGGAGGACGCCCCCGGGGCCCGGCGCGGGGCCGCCGAGCGGGGCCUCCUGCGCGCCUGCUCCCUGGCCCGCGGGCACCUGCGGCUCGACGACCUUCGCGACCCCUUGCUGGCGAUGAACUUUGCCAGGCUGUACCCGGAGCCGAGCGACUUCCCGGCGGCCUUCCCGGCCGGCGAGGUGCUCCCGGACCGCUCCUCGGAGUCGGUGACGUGCCGGACGUUCGAGCUGACCCUCCGCUGCUGCCUCUACCCGCACAUCGAGCGGCGCUACGUGGCCUGCUGCGGCAACCUAAUGGGUACACUCAAGAAGGACUACAGGUUGGUGGAAUACCUCCAAGCCAUGAGGAAUUUCUUCCUGAUCGAAGCCGGAGACACCAUGUACGACUUCUACACGGCCAUCUUCGAGAAGAUCCGGGAGAAGGAGUCCUGGCGCAACGCGGCCCUCCUCAACGUCCAGCUCCAGGAGGCCGUCGGCCAGCGCUACCCCGAAGACAGCGCCCGGCUUUCCAUCUCCUUUGACACCGUGGAUCCGGCCAAGAAGGCGGUCCCCAUCCACAACCUGGACGGGCUGACGUUGACCUACAAGGUGCCCUGGCCCGUGGACAUCGUCAUCAGCUCGGAAUGCCAGAAAAUCUACAAUCAGGUCUUCCUCCUCCUGCUCCAGAUCAAGCUGGCCAAGUACAACCUGGACGUGUUACGCUUCGACGAACUGAUCGGGCCGGGCGAGAGGCCGCAACCUAAAGGGGGACCUUCGCUGGCGGAAAAUCCGGCGGCCGCUCCGUCGGAGCCCCCCGGGGGACCCCGAAAACAGCAAAUUCACCGAAUGUUCCUCUUGAGGGUGAAGCUGAUGCACUUUGUGAACAGCCUGCACAACUACAUCAUGACCAGGAUCCUCCACAGCACGGGCCUGGAGUUCCAGCAUCAGGUGGAGGAGGCGAAGGACUUGGACCAGCUGAUAAAAAUCCACUACCGCUAUCUGUCCACCAUCCACGACCGCUGCCUGCUCAGAGAAAAGGUGAGUUUCGUGAAGGAAGCCAUCAUGAAAGUCCUCAACCUGGUGCUGAUGUUCGCCGACCGCUGGCAGGCCGGAUUCGGGGCCUGGAAGAUGGAGUCCAUAGAGAAGAUGGAGUCGGAUUUCAAGAACUGCCACAUGUUCCUCGUCACGGUCCUGAACAAAGCCGUCCGCCGAGGAUCGUUCCCGCACCUGGAGUCCCUGGCGCUGUCGCUGGUGGCCGGCGUGGAGCAGAGCUGACGCCGGGAGUCGCCUUCCCGACGGGAUCCCCCCGGAGCGGAGCGGGAAUGGAGGGGAUCCGGGAAGAGCUCGGCAGCGCGGGUCCGAAG